CCAGGAAGCCACAGAGCUCUAUGAGGUCACAGCGUGCAGGUCUGGCUGGAGCAAGAGUAUGGUGGAGAUGCUGCCAACUGCCGUUCUGCUGAUAUUGGCUGUGUCUGUGAUUGCCAAAGAUAACACCACUUGUGAUGGCCCCUGCGGGUUGAGGUUCAGGCUGAACCUACAAGGGGGCGUUCGACUUGUUGGAGGGCAGACGGCACAGCUUGGGGCCUGGCCCUGGAUGGUCAGCCUCCAGAUCUUCAUGGCCCACAACAACCGCAGGUACCACGCAUGUGGUGGCAUCCUGCUGAAUUCCCACUGGGUGCUCACAGCUGCCCACUGCUUCGACAGCAAAAAAAAAGUUUAUGACUGGAGACUGGUUUUUGGAGCACAGGAAAUUGAGUAUGGGAACAAUAAGCCAGUGAGGGCACCUCUGCAGGAGAGAUAUGUGGAGAAAAUCGUCAUCCAUGAAAAAUACAGCAUUGUGAAUGAAGGGAACGACAUUGCUCUCUUGAAGAUCACCCCUCCUGUUUCAUGUGGGCAGUUCAUUGGGCCAGCCUGCCUGCCCACUUUUAAGGCAGGCCCUCCCAAAAUUCCCCAGACCUGCUACGUGGCUGGCUGGGGGUACAUCAGAGAGAAUGCCCCCAGGCCAUCGCCUGUGCUGCUGGAGGCCCGUGUGGAGCUUAUCGACCUUGACCUGUGUAACUCGACCCAGUGGUACAAUGGGCGGGUCAUGUCAACCAACGUGUGCGCAGGGUAUCCAGAAGGCAAGAUCGACACAUGCCAGGGGGACAGCGGCGGGCCUCUCAUGUGCAGAGACAACGAGAACAACCCCUUCGUGGUCGUGGGGAUUACAAGCUGGGGGGUAGGCUGUGCCCGUGCUAAGCGCCCUGGAAUCUACACAGCAACUUGGGACUAUCUGGAUUGGAUUGCUUCCAAGAUCGGUUCUGGUGCCCUUCAUGAGAUUCAGCCAGUUACUCUUCCUCCUCCCACCACCGGGCCGCUGCCCCCAGCCCAGCCCCCUUCCUCCCGCCCUCCCGCUGCUAAACCUCCUUGGUAUUUCCAAAACAUUGCUCGCCCUCCUCGCCCUCCUCGCCCUCCUCGACCACUUCAGCCUUUUGCACCUCAACCCCGACCACCCACAGCCCAGGCCCCACGCCCACCCUCGUUUUCCCCCUCUCCUCCUCCCCCACCCCCUCCUCCCCUUCCACCAUCGUCUCCCACCAGACCAACCCAAGGACUUUCUUUUGCUCAGAGGCUCCAGCAGCUCAUAGAGGCUCUGAAGGGGAUGGGCAAUUCUGGUGCAAAGAGCUCUUACGGCAUGGAGACACCAGAGCUCCCAGAACCCAUCUCCUCCUCCUGGUUUGAAACUGUUCUCAACAGACCAGUGAACAGUUCAUCGGAAAUAAAUAAUAAAUGUCUAUAUUUAUAAAUAUAUAUAUACAUGA